AUGUCUCCGAAGGUUUCGGAAAGAUCAGCUUCACCGCCGGUUACAGUGCAUGAUGAUAAUUAUAAAAUAAAAAUAUUUCACAGUACUUUCAAUCUAAUAACUCACAUACUGAUAGGAGUUGUCGUGGGUAUUUCUGUGAUAUUUUCAUUUCGUAAUGGAACUCCAUUGGGUGCGACACCAUUGCAUAUCGUACUAUGCGUUGUGGGGUACCAAUUAUUAAUGGCUGAAGCCAUUCUGAGUCUGUCUCCGCACAAUGGUUGGUCCUCAAACCUGAAAUUAGUGGACAAAAGACGUGCGCACUGGAUUCUUCAGACGCUGGGCUCUGGAUUGGCUAUUGUUGGAUCUUUCAUUAAAAUUAUAGACAAGAGCACGCACUUGAAUACCUUACACGGGAAAUUUGCUAUAGCUGCCCUCGUCUUGACGACUGUGAGUUUAAUCAACGGCCUGGGAUCCCUUUGGGCAUUUGAACUGCGAAGAUAUAUUCCAAUCAAUGUAUCCAAACUAAUUCACAUUGGCAUUGGCAUCUUCGUGUUGCCGACGUCAUCCAUUGCACUUUGUUACGGCUUUGAUAAGAGCAUGUUUAAGUCCUGGAUUUCAGAUGAAGUUGCUUUCACUUUAAUCGGUUGUACCAGCGCAUUCACAGUAAUAAUCAGCUUCAACUCAUUUACGACUUUUCUUGUCAAAUUAUGGAAAUGUUUUAAAUCGUAA